UGUCCAUCGGUCCUAGUGGGUUUUUGUGUGAACGUUCGUUCUUAGAACUAUGUGUAUUGUGCUAUUGCUGUAAUGUUUUAAUGUUGUUGUUUAUGUUUUAUGCUUUUAUGUAUAUGUAUCAUCUUGGAUAGUUCCUGGGUAUAUUUUUCUCUUUAUUUUAGGUGGAAUCACUAACACCUGUUCCCUCCGUUGGCAUCUGCUGUCUGUCUAUAACAUUGGUUCAUUAUGGGUGAUGCUGUAAUGGCAGUUUUUGGUGCCGCAGCCCCUUAUUUGCGGAAGUCUGAUAGGGAGCGUCUAGAGGCACAGACUAAACUUUUCGACUUAAAGAAGGAAUGCUUUGUGUCAGAUCCAGUGGAGGAGUUUGUUAAAGCCACUGUCAUAAGUCGAGACGGUGACAAAGUCACUGUGGAGACACAAGGAGGGAAGACUGUCACCGUCAAAGAUAGUGAUGUUCUGCAACAGAAUCCUCCCAAAUUUGAUAAAAUUGAAGACAUGGCAAUGCUGACUUUCCUUCAUGAACCAGCUGUGCUGUAUAACCUCAAAGAACGCUAUGCAGCAUGGAUGAUCUAUACCUACUCUGGGCUGUUCUGUGUCACUGUCAACCCUUACAAGUGGCUGCCGGUGUACAAUCAGGAAGUGGUUGUAGCCUAUAGAGGGAAGAAGAGGAGUGAAGCUCCUCCGCAUAUCUAUUCCAUUUCUGAUAAUGCCUUCCAGUUCAUGCUGUCAGACAGAGAAAACCAGUCUAUUCUUAUCACUGGAGAGUCUGGAGCUGGAAAGACUGUCAACACUAAAAGAGUCAUUCAGUACUUUGCCAGCAUUGCAGCAAGUGGGGGAAAGAAGGACGUGUCUGUUCAGAACAAGGGAACCCUGGAGGAUCAAAUCAUCCAGGCUAACCCUGCCUUGGAGGCUUUUGGUAAUGCUAAGACCAUCAGAAAUGACAACUCCUCCAGAUUUGGAAAAUUUAUUCGAAUUCACUUUGAUUCAAGGCGGAAACUGGCAUCUGCUGACAUUGAAACAUAUCUUCUGGAGAAGUCUCGUGUGACCUUUCAGUUAAAGGCUGAGAGAGACUAUCACAUCUUCUAUCAAAUCUUAUCCAACAAAAAACCUGAGCUCCUUGAGAUGUUACUAGUGACAGCAAACCCCUAUGACUACGCAUUCAUCUCUCAGGGAGAGACUACAGUUCCUUCCAUUGAUGACACUGAGGAGUUAUUGGCAACUGAUAAUGCCUUUGAUGUAUUGGGCUUCACACAAGAUGAAAAGAACUCUGUGUACAAGCUGACUGGAGCCAUUAUGCACUACGGCAACAUGAAGUUCAAGCAGAAGCAGCGAGAGGAACAAGCAGAAGCUAAUGGAACUGAAGAUGCUGACAAAUCAGCAUAUCUAAUGGGUCUGAAUUCUGCUGACCUCAUCAAGGGUCUAUGUCAUCCAAGGGUCAAAGUUGGAAAUGAGUGGGUCACCAAGGGCCAAAAUGUCCAGCAGGUAAACUUUUCUAUUGGUGCCUUAUCAAAAGCAGUGUAUGAGAGAAUGUUCCUCUGGAUGGUGGUGAGAAUCAAUCAGUCUCUAGAGACAAAGCAGCCUCGACAAUACUUUAUUGGAGUGCUGGACAUUGCUGGCUUUGAGAUCUUUGAAUUCAACACAUUUGAACAACUCUGCAUCAACUUUACCAAUGAAAAACUGCAACAGUUUUUCAACCACCACAUGUUUGUGCUGGAACAAGAAGAGUACAAGAAAGAAGGGAUCGAAUGGGUGUUUAUUGACUUCGGUAUGGAUUUGCAGGCCUGCAUUGAUCUCAUUGAGAAACCUAUGGGCAUCAUGUCCAUCCUUGAAGAGGAGUGCAUGUUUCCUAAAGCCAGUGAUGCAUCAUUUAAAGAAAAGCUUUAUGAUAAUCACCUUGGGAAAUCAGCCAACUUCCAGAAACCCAGGCUUGUGAAGGGCAAGCCAGAGUCUCACUUUGCCCUGGCUCACUACGCUGGUAUAGUGGACUACAACAUCAACAACUGGCUGGUGAAGAAUAAGGACCCACUGAAUGAAACUGUGGUUGGACUGUACCAGAAAUCCUCAAUGAAGUUGUUGUCUAUUCUAUUUGCCAACUAUGCAAGUACAGAUUCAGUCAUGGCUGAUGGUACAAGUGUGAAAAAAGAAAAGAAAAAGAAAGGGUCAUCAUUCCAGACAGUGUCUGCACUUCACAGGGAGAAUCUCAACAAGCUAAUGACAACCCUGAGAUCAACUCAUCCUCAUUUCGUCCGGUGCAUCAUCCCCAAUGAGACAAAGACUCCUGGUGCGAUGGAGAACCCUUUGGUUAUGCAUCAACUGCGCUGUAACGGUGUACUGGAGGGCAUCAGGAUUUGCAGAAAAGGCUUUCCCAAUAGAAUCCUGUAUGGAGAUUUUAAACAGAGAUAUCGGAUCUUAAACCCUGCAGCUAUCCCUGAGGGACAGUUCAUAGACAGCAAGAAAGGAGCAGAGAAACUGCUGAGUUCUCUUGAGAUAGAUGACCAGCAGUACAGGUUUGGACACACUAAGGUAUUUUUCAAGGCUGGUCUUCUUGGCCAAUUGGAGGAGAUGAGAGAUGAGCGUCUAUCAAAAAUAAUCACUGGAAUUCAAGCUAGGUCUCGAGGUCUUCUUUCAAGGUUUGAAUACCAAAAGAUAGUAGAACGCAGGGAUGCCUUGCUUGUGAUUCAGUGGAAUGUACGUGCAUUCAUGAGUGUCAAGAAUUGGCCCUGGAUGAAACUCUUCUUUAAAAUUAAACCAUUAUUGAGAUCUGCUGAAGCAGAAAAGGAAAUGGCCAAUAUGAAAGAUGAGUUCUUGAAGCUCAAGGAAGCUUAUGCAAAGUCUGAAGCUCGUAGAAAAGAACUUGAGGAAAAAAUGGUUACUUUUCUUCAAGAAAAGAAUGAUCUCCAACUGCAAGUGCAGGCGGAACAAGACAAUCUCUGUGAUGCUGAAGAGAGGUGCGAAGGUCUGAUCAAAAAUAAGAUUCAGAUGGAGGCUAAAAACAAAGAGCUCACAGAGCGACUUGAGGAUGAGGAGGAAAUGAACGCAGAGCUGACAGCUAAGAAGAGGAAGCUGGAGGAUGAGUGCUCUGAGCUGAAGAAAGAUAUUGAUGAUCUGGAGCUGACUCUGGCUAAAGUGGAGAAAGAGAAGCAUGCUACCGAGAACAAGGUGAAGAACCUGGUAGAGGAAAUGGCAGCUUUAGAUGAUAUCAUUGCCAAACUAACAAAAGAGAAAAAGGCCUUGCAGGAAGCUCACCAGCAGACACUGGAUGACCUGCAAAGUGAGGAGGACAAAGUCAACACCCUCACCAAGGCAAAAGGAAAGUUGGAGCAGCAAGUGGAUGACCUUGAGGGAUCUCUAGAGCAAGAAAAGAAAAUCCGAAUGGAUCUAGAAAGAGCCAAGAGGAAACUUGAAGGAGAUCUGAAGUUAGCCCAAGAGAGCAUAAUGGACCUAGAGAAUGACAGACAGCAUCUAGAAGAACAACUGAAGAAAAAAGACUUUGAAAUCUGUCAGCUCAACAGUAAACUUGAGGAUGACCAAAACAUAAUUAUCCAACUACAAAAGAAACUCAAGGAGCUGCAGGCUCGAGUUGAGGAGCUGGAGGAAGAGCUCGAGGCAGAAAGAGCUGCCAGAGCCAAGGUGGAGAAACAGAGAGCAGAUUUAGCCAGAGAGCUGGAGGAGAUCAGUGAGAGACUGGAGGAGGCUGGAGGAGCUACAGUUGUUCAGAUUGAGAUGAACAAGAAAAGAGAGGCAGAGUUUCAGAAGCUUCGCAGAGACCUUGAAGAGGCCACUCUGCAGCACGAGGCCACUGCUGCCACACUGAGGAAGAAACAAUCUGACAGUGUGGCAGAUUUGGGAGAGCAAAUUGACAAUCUGCAGAGAGUCAAACAAAAACUGGAAAAGGAGAAAAGUGAACUCCGACUCGAACUGGAUGAUGUGGUCUCCAGCAUGGAGCAUAUUGUCAAGUCCAAGACCAACAUGGAGAAAGUUACCAGAACUCUGGAAGAUCAACUCAAUGAAUUCCGAAACAGGUGUGAGGAAAACCAAAGGUCCCUCAAUGACUUUACAACCCAGAAGGCAAAGCUUCAGGCAGAAAAUAAUGAAUAUUCAAGACAGUUAGAAGAAAAGGAAUCAUUAAUUUCUCAGCUGACAAGGGGUAAGAACUCUUUUAGUCAACAACUGGAAGACCUGAAAAGGCAGUUAGAUGAGGAAAUGAAGGCGAAGAAUGCUCUCGCACAUGCACUGCAGUCAUCUCGGCAUGACACAGAUCUGCUCAGAGAGCAGUUUGAGGAGGAGCAGGAAGCCAAAGCAGAGCUACAGCGAGGCAUGUCCAAAGCUAAUUCUGAGGUGGCUCAGUGGAGAACAAAGUACGAAACUGAUGCCAUCCAGAGGACUGAGGAGCUGGAGGAAGCCAAGAAGAAACUGGUUCAGCGUUUGCAGGAGGCUGAGGAGGCUGUGGAGGCAGUAAAUGCUAAAUGCUCUUCCCUUGAAAAGACUAAACACAGACUUCAAAAUGAAAUUGAGGAUUUGAUGGUGGAUGUGGAGAGAGCCAACACUGCUGCUGCAUCUUUAGACAAGAAACAAAGAAACUUUGACAAGGUCCUGUCUGAAUGGAAGCAGAAGUAUGAGGAGUCUCAGUGUGAAUUGGAGAGCUCUCAGAAGGAAACCAGGUCUUUAAGCACAGAACUGUUCAAGCUGAAGAACUCCUAUGAGGAAUCUCUGGAUCACUUGGAGACCGUAAAGAGAGAGAACAAGAUUCUGCAAGAGGAGAUCUCUGACCUGACUGAACAGCUGGGUGAGAGUGGGAAGACAAUCCGUGAGUUGGAGAAGGUUCGGAAGCAACUGGAACAAGAAAAGUCUGAGAUACAAUCUGCUCUGGAAGAGGCUGAGGGCUCUCUGGAGCAUGAGGAGGGUAAAAUCCUGAGAGCCCAGCUAGAAUUUAACCAAAUAAAGGCUGACAUUGAGCGUAAACUGACUGAGAAAGAUGAGGAAAUGGAGCAAUCAAAGAGAAACCUACAGAGGACCAUAGACACCUUGCAAAGUGCUUUGGACUCUGAAACUCGUAGCAGGAAUGAAGCUCUCAGGAUAAAGAAGAAGAUGGAAGGAGAUCUAAAUGAAAUGGAGAUCCAGCUGAGUCAGGCUAACAGACAGGCAGCUGAGGCUCAAAAACAACUUAAGUCUGUUCAGGCCCAUCUAAAGGACGCCCAGCUUCAGCUGGAUGACUCUCUUCGAGCUAAUGAUGAUCUGAAGGAGAACACUGCCAUUGUGGAGAGACGUAAUACCUUGCUUCAGGCUGAACUGGAGGAGCUUAGGGCUGUUCUGGAACAAACGGAGCGAGGACGCAAACUUUCUGAGCAAGAGCUGCUGGAUGUCUCUGAGAGAGUACAGCUUCUGCAUUCUCAGAACACCAGUCUCAUUAACCAGAAGAAGAAGCUGGAGACUGACUUAUCCCAGCUUCAGAGUGAGGUGGAAGAGGCAGUGCAAGAAUGCAGGAAUGCUGAAGAAAAAGCCAAGAAGGCCAUCACUGAUGCUGCCAUGAUGGCUGAGGAGCUGAAGAAGGAGCAGGACACAAGUGCUCACUUGGAGCGUAUGAAGAAGAAUAUGGAGCAGACCAUUAAGGACCUGCAGCACCGCCUGGAUGAAGCAGAACAAAUUGCUAUGAAGGGAGGGAAGAAACAAGUCCAGAAACUGGAGGCUAGGGUAAGAGAGCUGGAAUGUGAAGUGGAAGCUGAACAGAAGAAAAGCAGUGAAACUAUUAAAGGAAUCCGUAAAUAUGAACGCCGCAUCAAGGAAUUUACGUAUCAGACUGAAGAGGACCGCAAAAACAUAGCCCGUCUUCAAGAUUUGGUCGACAAGCUGCAACUAAAAGUCAAAUCUUACAAAAGAGUUGCAGAGGAAGCUGAAGAACAGGCAAACCUGCACCUUGGCAAAUUUCGUAAGCUGCAGCAUGAACUAGAUGAAGCAGAGGAAAGGGCUGAUAUUGCUGAAACUCAAGUAAACAAACUACGUGCCAAGACUCGUGAUGUGGGGCCAAAGAAAGGGUUUGAUGAAGAAUACAAGGAAAUCAUGGCGGACGCUCAGAUGGCAGAGUUUGGAGCAGCGGCUCCUUACCUGCGGAAGUCGGAUCGAGAGCGUUUGGAAGCACAAACUCGUCCAUUUGAUAUGAAAAAGGAGUGUUUUGUGCCUGAUCCAGAUGAAGAGUAUGUGAAAGCUUCAAUCAUCAGUCAUGAAGGUGACAAAGUUACUGUAAUGACUGAGAGAAGAAAGACUGUCGCUGUAAAAGAAGCUGACAUUCAUCCCCAAAACCCACCAAAAUUUGAUAAAAUUGAAGACAUGGCAAUGUUCACCUUCCUUCAUGAGCCAGCUGUGCUGUUCAACCUCAAAGAGCGCUAUGCAGCAUGGAUGAUCUAUACCUACUCAGGGCUGUUCUGUGUCACUGUCAACCCUUACAAGUGGCUGCCGGUGUACAAUCAGGAAGUGGUUGUAGCCUAUAGAGGAAAAAAGAGGAGUGAAGCUCCUCCCCACAUCUUUUCCAUCUCUGAUAACGCGUACCAGUACAUGCUAACAGACAGGGAAAACCAGUCAAUUCUGAUCACUGGAGAAUCUGGUGCAGGAAAGACUGUAAACACAAAGAGAGUCAUUCAAUAUUUUGCAAGCAUUGCAGCUGGAGGCUCAGCAAAGAAAGAUGGGUCAGAAAAAAAGGUAAGUGUCAUUUUCAAGUGUCAUCUGUUUCUAUCUUAACUAGAACUGAUUGAAAAGAUUCUGAAACGUGGUGUUUCAUUUCAGGGAACCCUGGAGGAUCAAAUCAUCCAGGCUAAUCCUGCUUUGGAAGCUUUUGGUAACGCAAAGACCAUCAGAAAUGACAACUCCUCAAGAUUUGGAAAAUUCAUCCGAAUUCAUUUUGCUGCCAGUGGCAAGCUGGCCUCUGCUGACAUUGAGACAUAUCUUCUGGAGAAGUCAAGGGUGACGUUUCAGCUUAAAGCUGAAAGGGACUAUCACAUUUUCUACCAAAUCCUCUCUCAGCGGAAACCUGAGCUGCUGGAGAUGCUGCUCAUCACCAACAACCCCUAUGAUUACGCUUUCAUCUCUCAAGGAGAAACAACUGUAGCCUCUAUUAACGAUGGUGAAGAACUACUUGCGACUGAUGAAGCGUUUGAUGUACUAGGCUUUACUCAGGAGGAGAAAAAUGGCAUCUAUAAAUUGACUGGAGCCAUAAUGCACUAUGGCAAUAUGAAGUUCAAACAAAAGCAGAGGGAGGAGCAAGCAGAAGCUGAUGGGACUGAAGAUGCAGACAAAGUUGCGUAUCUGAUGGGCCUCAACUCUGCUGACCUUAUCAAAGGUUUAUGCCAUCCAAGAGUGAAAGUAGGAAAUGAGUGGGUCACCAAAGGGCAAAAUGUCCAGCAGGUGUACUACGCUGUUGGUGCACUGUCCAAGUCAGUGUAUGAAAAAAUGUUCCUUUGGAUGGUUGUAAGAAUCAAUCAGUCUCUGGACACCAAACAACCUCGCCAAUACUUCAUUGGAGUACUGGACAUUGCUGGUUUUGAGAUCUUUGAUUUCAACACCUUUGAGCAACUCUGCAUUAACUUUACAAAUGAGAAACUGCAACAGUUUUUCAACCACCACAUGUUUGUGCUGGAACAAGAGGAGUACAAGAAAGAAGGGAUUGAAUGGGAGUUCAUUGAUUUUGGCAUGGACUUACAGGCCUGCAUUGAUCUCAUUGAGAAACCUAUGGGCAUUAUGUCCAUCCUUGAAGAGGAGUGCAUGUUUCCCAAAGCCAGUGAUGCAACCUUUAAAGCAAAGCUUUAUGACAACCACCUUGGGAAAUCCAACAACUUUCAGAAACCAAGAGCAAUCAAAGGGAAGCCAGAGUCUCAUUUUUCUCUGAUUCACUAUGCUGGUACUGUUGACUAUAAUAUCAAUAACUGGCUGGUGAAGAAUAAAGACCCACUGAAUGAGACUGUUGUUGGACUCUUUCAAAAGUCAACACUCAAGCUCCUGUCAAUGCUCUUUGCUAAUUAUGCUGGGACAGAGUCUGCUCAAGAGAAUAGUAAGGGAGGCAAAGGAGGUGGAAGUAAGAAGAAAGGCUCCUCCUUCCAAACUGUUUCUGCGCUUCACAGGGAAAACUUGAAUAAGUUAAUGACAAACCUAAGAUCAACUCACCCUCAUUUUGUGCGCUGCAUCAUACCUAAUGAGACAAAGACUCCUGGUGCGAUGGAGAACCCUUUGGUCAUGCACCAGCUACGCUGUAACGGUGUACUUGAAGGCAUCAGGAUUUGUAGGAAGGGCUUUCCCAAUAGAAUUCUCUAUGGAGAUUUCAAACAGAGGUACCGAAUCCUAAAUCCUGCAGCCAUACCUGAAGGUCAGUUCAUAGACAGCAGGAAAGGAGCUGAGAAACUCUUGGGUUCACUGGAUAUUGAUCACAAUCAAUAUAAGUUUGGACACACAAAGGUGUUCUUCAAGGCUGGUUUACUGGGUCAGUUGGAAGAAAUGAGAGAUGACAGACUAUCUCUGAUUAUUAGUGGUAUUCAAGCUAGAUCCAGAGGACUCCUUGCAAGGGUUGAGUUCCAGAAGAUAGUUGAAAGAAGGCAAGAAUUCCACAUAUCACGCACCGCCUCAACAAUUUGCUCACUGGAUGCCCUUCUGGUUAUCCAGUGGAAUGUCCGUGCCUUCAUGGGGGUGAAGAAUUGGCCCUGGAUGAAGCUAUUCUUCAAGAUCAAACCUCUACUAAAGUCAGCAGAAGCAGAAAAAGAGAUGGCAAAUAUGAAAGAUGAAUUUGCCAAGCUCAAAGAGGCUUAUGCUAAAUCUGAAGCAAGAAGGAAAGAACUAGAAGAAAAAAUGGUAUCUCUUCUCCAAGAGAAGAAUGACCUACAGCUUCAAGUCCAAGCGGAGCAAGACAAUCUUUGUGAUGCAGAAGAGCGAUGUGACCAGCUCAUCAAAAACAAAAUCCAGCUUGAGGCAAAAGCCAAAGAGCUCACAGAGCGACUUGAGGAUGAGGAGGAGAUGAACGCAGAGCUGACAGCUAAGAAGAGGAAGCUGGAGGAUGAGUGCUCUGAGCUGAAGAAAGAUAUUGAUGAUCUGGAGCUGACUCUGGCUAAAGUGGAGAAAGAGAAGCAUGCUACCGAGAACAAGGUGAAGAACCUGACAGAGGAAAUGGCAGCUUUGGACGACAUCAUCGCAAAGCUGACCAAGGAGAAGAAGGCCUUGCAGGAAGCUCACCAGCAGACACUGGAUGACCUGCAAAGUGAGGAGGACAAAGUCAACACCCUCACCAAGGCAAAAGCAAAGCUGGAGCAGCAAGUGGAUGAUUUGGAAGGAUCUCUUGAACAAGAAAAAAAGAUCCGUAUGGAUCUGGAAAGAGCCAAGAGGAAACUAGAAGGAGACUUGAAGUUAACCCAGGAAAGCUUGAUGGACCUAGAGAAUGACAAACAGCAGUUAGAUGAGCGACUUAAAAAGAAAGACUUUGAGAUCAGUCAGCUCAAUGGCAAAAUUGAGGAUGAACAAAUUAUUUGUAUUCAACUACAGAAAAAACUGAAGGAACUUCAGGCACGUAUUGAGGAGCUGGAAGAAGAGCUUGAGGCAGAAAGAGCUGCCAGAGCCAAGGUGGAGAAACAGAGAGCAGAUUUAGCCAGAGAGCUGGAGGAGAUCAGUGAGAGACUGGAGGAGGCUGGAGGAGCUACAGCAGCUCAGAUUGAGAUGAAUAAGAAACGUGAAAAUGAGUUUCAGAAACUUCGCAGAGACCUUGAAGAGGCCACUCUGCAGCACGAGGCCACUGCUGCCACACUGAGGAAGAAACAAGCCGACAGUGUGGCAGAUUUGGGAGAGCAAAUUGACAAUCUGCAGAGAGUCAAACAAAAACUGGAAAAGGAGAAAAGUGAACUCAGGCUUGAGCUGGAUGAUGUGGUCUCCAACAUGGAACAUGUUGUUAAGACGAAGGCAAAUCUUGAGAAGACCUGCAGGUCUUUGGAAGAUCAAAUGAUUGAAUACAGAACAAAAUAUGAAGAGGGCCAGCGUUGCAUCAAUGACUUCACAAUGCAAAAAUCUAAACUACAAUCGGAAAAUGGUGAACUUGCAAGACAGCUGGAGGAGAAGGAAUCUCUCGUUUCCCAGCUAACUAGAAGCAAGAUGUCUUAUACUCAGCAAACUGAAGAUCUUAAAAGGCAACUGGAGGAAGAAACUAAGGCGAAGAAUGCCCUAGCUCAUGCUGUACAGUCAGCCCGUCACGACACAGAUCUGCUCAGAGAGCAGUAUGAGGAGGAGCAGGAAGCCAAAGCAGAGCUACAGCGAGGCAUGUCCAAAGCUAAUUCUGAGGUGGCUCAGUGGAGAACAAAGUACGAAACUGAUGCCAUCCAGAGGACUGAGGAGCUGGAGGAAGCCAAGAAGAAACUGGCUCAACGUUUGCAGGAGGCUGAAGAAGCUGUUGAAGCAGUAAAUGCAAAAUGUUCAUCUCUUGAAAAGACCAAACACAGACUCCAAAAUGAAAUUGAAGAUCUUAUGGUGGACCUGGAGAGGUCUAAUGCAGCUGCAGCAGCCUUGGACAAGAAGCAAAGAAACUUUGAUAAGGUCCUGGCUGAGUGGAAGCAGAAGUAUGAAGAAUCACAGGCUGAGCUAGAGGGCUCUCAGAAGGAAGCCAGAUGUCUGAGUACAGAACUUUUCAAGCUGAAGAAUUCCUAUGAAGAAUCUUUGGAUCACCUGGAGACCAUGAAGAGAGAAAAUAAAAUUCUCCAAGAGGAGAUUUCUGAUAUCACUGAGCAACUUGGUGAGGGAGGAAAGAGCAUUCAUGAACUGGAGAAAAUGAGAAAACAGCUGGAGCAAGAAAAAAGUGAGAUUCAGUCUGCUCUGGAAGAGGCAGAAGCCUCAUUGGAGCACGAGGAGGGUAAGAUUCUGCGAGCUCAGCUAGAAUUCAACCAAACAAAGGCUGAUAUUGAGCGCAAACUAGCUGAGAAGGACGAAGAGAUGGAGCAGAGCAAACGCAAUUUGCAAAGAACCAUCGAUACUCUGCAAAGUUCUUUGGAGUCAGAAACACGAAGCAGGAAUGAGGCCCUCAGAAUAAAGAAGAAGAUGGAAGGGGAUCUAAACGAGAUGGAGAUCCAGCUUAGUCAGGCAAACAGACAAGCAGCAGAGGCUCAAAAACAACUCAAGAGUGUCCAAGCACAUCUGAAAGAUGCUCAGCUACAGCUAGAUGACUCUCUGAGAACAAAUGAAGAUCUCAAGGAGAACACCGCCAUUGUAGAGAGACGCAACAAUCUUCUGCAGGCUGAACUAGAAGAACUGAGAGCAGCUCUAGAGCAAACUGAGAGAGGCCGCAAGCUUGCAGAGCAAGAGCUGCUGGAUAUCAGUGAAAGAGUGCAGCUACUGCACUCCCAGAAUACAAGCCUCUUGAAUCAGAAGAAGAAGCUUGAGACUGACAUAUCCCAGCUUCAGAGUGAGGUGGAAGAGGCAGUGCAAGAAUGCAGGAAUGCUGAAGAAAAAGCCAAGAAGGCCAUCACUGAUGCUGCCAUGAUGGCUGAGGAGUUGAAGAAGGAGCAGGACACAAGUGCUCACUUGGAGCGUAUGAAGAAGAAUAUGGAGCAGACCAUUAAGGACCUGCAGCACCGCCUGGAUGAAGCAGAACAAAUUGCUAUGAAGGGAGGGAAGAAACAAGUCCAGAAACUAGAAGCUCGGGUGAGGGAGCUGGAGAAUGAAGUAGAAUCAGAGCAGAAAAAGAGCAGUGAGGCGGUGAAAGGAAUUCGCAAAUAUGAGAGGCGUAUUAAAGAACUGACCUACCAGGUAAAAUAAAUUAAAAAUAAAAACUAAUUUCACUGCUGAAUACAUCUAUAGAAAAUGUGAUGACAAAAACAAGACAUUCUCAAGUCUCUUUGCUAUCAUUUGUCUUAAAAGACUGAGGAAGAUCGCAAGAAUCUGGUUCGUCUGCAAGAUCUAGUUGAUAAGCUUCAGCUAAAGGUCAAGGCUUACAAGAGGUCUGCAGAGGAAGCUGAGGAACAAGCCAACACACAUAUUAGCAAAUUACGGAAAAUCCAGCAUGAACUUGAUGAAGCAGAAGAAAGGGCUGACAUUGCAGAGUCACAAGUCAACAAACUGCGUGCCAAAAGUCGUGAUGUUGGUUCUAAGGCCAGUGAUUAAGCAGACUGA